AUGAAACGUGCCAUUAUUUUUCUUCUUUUAUCCAUCGUUUUCGUGUACAUUCGUCAGGAUAAAGUACAACGUACUAUAACUGCUGGACAACGAAUCAUUCCCGUGAAUUCUCAUCAUGAAGGUGAUGUCAUUGAGUUUGUUCUAAGAUCGAAUGAAACUGGCCAUACGCAUUCGAUGAUUAAGCAAACGAUUAAACGCGACGGGCCAUGUGGAAACUUGUUAUCAAAUGCACAUCCAUUGAAACGACCUUGUACUCCACCAAUUCAUUAUCACCUAAAACAAGAUGAAAAGUUCGAUAUUAAACAAGGUCGAUUAGGUUACAUCUUAAAUGACAUGAUUGGCACGAAAGAAACGAACGAAUCUUUAUUUAUACCCAAAGGUGCAUGUCAUACAUUUUGGAGUGCAGGUGAUGAUGAUUUAGUGGUAUAUAUAACACUUUAUAAUGAUCAUGGAAUGGUACCGGGUAGAAGUGCGGAUUCCUAUUUUGAAAAUAUCAAUGGUGUUCGACGGGAUAGUCCAAGUCUGAUAGCGACACUUCAGGUUCAAAUUGGUCACGAUAUUUAUCGAUGCGAUCUACCUCGACUAUUUAACUCGAUGUUUAGUAAACUAUUCCAAAUUGUAGCACUUGCUCUAGGUUAUCAAAUUCAAUAUGUUGAAUAUACAACACCUGUCAUCUAG